AUGCCAUUAAUUAGACCCCAGGUGGCGCCUUCGCGCCAGCUCUUCACGCUGGCGUUCUCGGCCGCGUCCCAGCUCUACAAGAACACGUCUCUAGCGGAUCAGCUGGAGCGCGGCGAGAUUCAUCGAGGCCCAAACCAUGACGAAUUACUGGCCAGGAAGAAGGCCCCACUAUUUGUCCGGCCAGAGCCCAAUUACCCACGGCAUGUGCCCUUAUACGGCUUCGAGAAAGCUCUGCUAUUUGCUGGGUCUGCCAUUGGCGCCUUUUUGCAUCCCGAGAGAAACGAGUUUAUUGUUGCUCUUGGAGAGUCUACUGCUCUCCCGUGUUUCCUCAAACAGCUCAAAGUGCAAAUGUUGCACGAUCCGACCGGCCGUCAAAUCCUCAAAGAACGCCCCUACAUUACCUCUGAGUCGUUGGAUCUGGCCAAGCUCAAACAGUAUCCGGAUAACACUCUGGCAAGAGCGUAUGUCGACUGGCUUGAGAAGGAAGGGGUGUCUCCAGACACCAGAGAACCUGUCCGAUUUAUCGAUGACGAGGAACUGGCAUUUAUUUUCCAGCGGUACCGCCAAUGCCACGAUUUCUAUCAUGCCAUUACGGGACUGCCUAUCGUCAGAGAAGGAGAGAUUGCGCUGAAGUUGUUCGAAUUUCUCAACCUCAAGAUCCCGUUUGCGGGAUUGGGAGCUCUUUUCGCCCCAAUUCCAAUUAAAAAGUCCCAACGGAGCCGCCUGUUCAACAUCUACUACCCCUGGGCCCUAAAGAACAGUUUUACCUGUAAACCUCUGAUCAACGUCUACUGGGAAAAGAUCUUGGACCGCGACGUGGACCAGCUCAGACACGAGCUCGGCAUAGAAAAACCGCCCGACAUGAGACAGCUUAGAAAGGCCAAAGUUACUACGUUAUAA